UUGUCAAAUCUCUUUUUUCAGUACUCAUGUAUCGACUCUUCUCCUAUUUCGGUGUACAUAUCGCAUCCGUUUUGGAAUUGGCUAGUCACUUUUUAUCCGAGAUCAUGGGCUCCAAACGUUCUCACGCUCCUCGGAUGGUCUCUUGUAAUGGGUUGUUUCUUGCUGGAAUCAGUGCUUGACUAUGAUCUCACAGCGAAUAAUGAAGGCUCCGAUCAUCCUAUCCCUGAUUGGUUCUGGUUGACAGCUGCAAUAGCCACGUUCAUCGGUUAUACGUUAGAUGGUACAGAUGGCAAGCAAGCGAGGCGGAUAGUUGAUCAUGGUCUUGACUCUUGGUCCACGGUACCAUUUACUAUUACUGUGUUCUCUGUUUUCGGAAGCGGUGAAUUCAGCGUGUCUCCUGUACGUUUGUUGUGUAUUUUAAUAAGUGUACAGAUUGUAUUUCUUGUUACGCAUUGGGAAAAGUACAACACAGGUGUGCUUUACCUCUCAUGGGGUUACGAUGCUAGUCAAUACGGUCUCACGGUAAUUUACUUGUUUACUUAUCUGGCUGGUCAUGAGUGGUUUAAAUUCUAUGUCUACAGAAACAUUACAUUUGCUCAUCUUUUCGAGAGUAGCUUUUAUGUCUGUUGUGUCGUGUCUUUGCUUAUGUCUGUGUACAACAUGUGGUACUCUUAUGCUGUGGAUAAAACUUUCAAGCAGAAAUCUUUGUGUGAAGCAGUGCGUCCGGUAUUCCCUUGUGUUAUGUUAUUUGCUGUCUCAGUAGCGUGGGCUGUGCUAUCCCGUACGGAUGUGUGCAGGACAGAUCCACGAACAUUCUUCUUUGCUAUGGGUACUGUAUUCAGUAAUAUUGCGUGUCGUCUAAUAAUCGCACAAAUGUCUAGUCAUCGAUCUGAAGUUUUGAAUGUGCUACUUGCGAUCUACACAUUCGUGGCAGUCAUAUCGGUGUUGAUACCGAGCGUGGAGCUGAUUGUGCUUCGAGUUUCGAAUGCGGUGAUUGUACUUUUACACAUGCAUUACGGAAUCUGCGUUGUAAGUAAUCUUUAUUCUUCUAUGAAUAGU